CACAUUUAUCUCUUGCUAGCCUGCAGCUGGUGCAAAAUGAGUGUUCCUGACUACAUGCAGUGUGCUGAGGAUCAUCAGACUCUCCUGGUUGUGGUCCAGCCCAUUGGCAUUGUACCAGAAGAGAGCUUUUUUAGGAUCUACAAGCGGAUUUCAGCUGUGAAUCAAGUCAAUGUGCGCGACUCCCAGCGUGUGCUGUACAUCCGCUACAGGCACCAUUAUCCUCCCGAGAACAACGAAUGGGGGGAUUUUCAGACACACCGCAAAGUUGUGGGGCUGAUAACUAUCACAGACUGUUCUUCUGCCAAGGACUGGCCUCAGACGUUUGAGAAGUUCCAUCUUCAGAAGGAAAUGUAUGGCGCUACGCUCUAUGAUUCCCGGCUGUUUGUCUUCGGACUUCAAGGAGAGAUUGCAGAGCAGCCCCGCACAGAUGUGGCGUUUUACCCCAGUUAUGAUGAAUGUGAAACCGUGGAGAAGAGAAUAGAAGAUUUCAUCGAAUCCCUCUUCAUUGUGUUGGAGUCUAAGCGGCUUGACAGAGCCACUGAUAAGUCUGGAGACAAGAUCCCGCUGCUCUGCGUUCCUUUUGAGAAGAAGGAUUUUGUAGGGCUGGACACAGACAGUAGACACUAUAAGAAACGCUGUCAGGGCCGGAUGCGGAAGCACGUUGGUGACCUGUGUUUGCAGGCUGGGAUGUUACAGGAUUCCCUGGUGCACUAUCACAUGGCUGUGGAACUUCUGCGCUCUGUAAACGACUUCCUGUGGCUUGGAGGUGUGUUUAAUUGAUUAAAUCACUUUUUA